CUCUCGUACGUUGACGUUGCAGGUUCUCGUUCGCGCGCGCGACUAAAAGAUGGCCCGUACCAAGCAGACAGCUCGUAAAUCGACCGGUGGUAAGGCGCCGCGUAAACAACUCGCCACCAAGGCGGCUCGUAAGAGCGCACCAGCAACCGGUGGUGUCAAGAAGCCCCAUCGCUACAGGCCCGGCACCGUCGCCCUCCGUGAGAUCCGUCGUUACCAGAAGAGUACCGAAUUGCUGAUCCGCAAGCUGCCGUUCCAGCGUUUGGUGCGUGAGAUCGCUCAAGAUUUCAAGACUGAUCUCCGUUUCCAGAGCUCCGCUGUGAUGGCCCUCCAGGAGGCGAGCGAGGCAUACCUCGUCGGUCUCUUCGAAGACACCAACCUUUGCGCUAUUAUAAUUAUGACCGGUCGCGGUAAGGGAGGCAAAGGUCUGGGAAAGGGAGGAGCUAAGCGUCACAGGAAGGUACUCCGUGAUAACAUCCAAGGUAUCACCAAGCCGGCCAUCCGUCGUCUCGCCCGCAGAGGAGGCGUCAAGCGUAUCUCCGGUUUGAUAUACGAGGAGACUCGUGGUGUCCUCAAGGUGUUCCUCGAGAACGUGAUCCGCGACGCGGUCACUUACACCGAGCACGCCAAGAGGAAGACCGUCACUGCUAUGGACGUCGUCUACGCUCUGAAACGUCAGGGCCGCACCCUCUACGGUUUCGGUGGUUAAGUCUACCAUCGCCGCGCCGGCGUCAUCGCCCACCUCGUGUGUGUGUCGGUCGAAAGAACAACACACAAAUCAAAAAGGCCCUUUUCAGGGCCGCAAAUGGUUCACUGUUGUUUUACAAAAUGUUUCACGAUAUUACGUCGAUACUAUAUAAUAAAUAACACCUCAAUAUGUACAAGUUACGAAUAUACCCAGCAGCCGAGUGGGUAAAGUUGCUUGUGAUCAUCGAGGCCCGUAGGGCGCCGAGACGCGUCGGUGUAGGCGUCUCAACUAAACACAACCCCUUGCAUACGGUAACUUACUCACUCACUCAUAAUAUAAUAUUUUAUAAUUAGUCAGUCAAUUCUAUGUUAUUUGGAUACCCUAUAAGUAUACAUAAUAAUAUCUAGUCCUUAUGUUAACGAAUCUAACUAGUAAGGUGAGCGAGACG